AUGCCCUCUUUCUUAGUCGCCCUAUUCUACUGCACGUCGAAGAUCUCCAUCUCCUGGUCCAUCUUCGAGGAGAUACGCCCCAGUAUGAUAGUUAUAUCCCCCGUGGGGGACCUAGCUAUCGUAGUGAUGAUCAUCCGAACAUUUACAGACCAAAUGCAUGGAGACAAGAACGCUACAACAGCCGCAGUCCAUCCCCAGAUCGUUACGACCGGUCUCGUUCUAUGGAACCGCGCUUCUGGGAUCCCGGUUCCCGCUGGCAGUCCUCUUGGCAAGAUCGAAGAUCCUCUCCGAGUCCACCACCUCUACGGGAAAAACUUCGCAGAGAUAUCAUGGCAGAGCGAAUGUUCGAGCCAUCAGACUCCUGGAAGCAAACACACGUCGAUCGUUCCGGCCGAUACGAAGCGUUGGAACCCCCAAGUCCAAGGUUUCCAGAUUAUCGUGCUCGUCCUGCACGGGAUUACUCUCCCCAGAAGUCACCAGUGUACCCUCCUAUUCAUGGUGAUACUUAUCGUCCUUAUUCUAGUGGUCAAAUCCACCGAGAACCACACGUAUUUGUUCGGUCAGAUUCAUACCGGCCACAAUAUGAUGAUAGUUCUCGGCGGUCACCGCGCUCAGUUGAUAAAUCGAACACAGAUGCUUGCUAUCCCGGUCGACCAUCUAGUCAUUAUGAUCACGAUGAUACACGAUCUUCGACCUCCAUUGCUAGCACACCGCCUCGCCAUGCCGCUAGCUCUCCUCCCCCAGACCCAUAUAUCAUUGAUCGUGACGUUCGUAGGCAUUCACCAUCUUGCAGACUCGAGAUCUUCAUCCCGAUCAUCUGCUUCUUCUCGACCUGAUAAAUCUACUAUCUCCGCGCAUAAUGGUCUUAAGGAUACCGUGUCAUCGAAACCAAAUCGAGAGAGCACAACUCAACAAGCACCCAUGCAUGUGUUGUCGCGAGAUCCUAAUCGACUUGGUUCUACAUCGAGCACCCUUGCUGGAAAGGGUUCUGCGCACCCUGAGCCUCUACCCCACGAGUUGCCGCACGUGGGUGCCAAACCGGUCCAUCCUGUGAUGAAUGGUGAGCUUAAUGGUCCGCCUUUGGCAUCGAACUUCCCGCGUUCUCCACCAAGUUUAUCGUCAGGAGAAGAUAUCGAGAUGUCUCCUCCUGGGCUUAUAUCUUCUCAUACUCUCCCUGGUGACGUGGAAUUCGCCUUCUUGGGGGAUUCAGCUGGUAAAGGGACUGAAAUGCAAACCAACAAAACCUCUCCUAUUUUUGAUGAAGUUCAUACCCAGUCCAUUAGUCCGGCUACGCCCAGUCCUGCUUUGAAAUCUGUGGGGGCGGUCGUCGAUGACUCACUGGCGUUCGCAACACCGGAGAAAGAUAUUGAUGUUGGCUCCCUGCGAACAUUAACAGGAGAUACUCCGUUGCUACAGUCUGUCCCACCAGUCAUUGCCGCUGAAUCGGUCGGCAGUCCAUCUCGUGUCGAGGCAGAAGAACAGCUUUUGACUCCUGCACUUGACGUAGAACAGCCCGCAACGUGGUUUUAUGGUCGUCCGCCUUUGGCAGACUCGACUGCAAAAGCCCUCCGUUUUGUAGUCCUAACGAGGCUUCAAUGUGAUCGUCAGACGCGCGAUGAGCGUGUUGUUCCGGUUCUUAGGGCCAAUCGGGCGAUUCGCGAGCCUUCUCUGCCUUCACCAAUUGACGCGCAAGACAAGCUGUUUCAGGAAUUUGCAGCUGAUCAGCCUUGUCAGGAAAGAAUGGCUUUACAUUCUCAGUCUAUUAGAUCAUCCUUAUCAGGACACUUCCUGGAGCGAGAAACAGCCCUUCGGGAAAAGCAACAAAAGCUGAGAGAACAAUAUCUUGAGCUACAUCAGCAAUGGAUAGCGCAAUGCGGUCUACCUGAGGAAUCUAUGCCAGCUUCUGCAGGCGGCAGGUCCACCAGACGAUCAGCUGCCGUUUUAGGUGAUGCUGUUCGCUCUGAUCUUGAGAUGGAGCAGAUCAUCGCGAAUCUUGGGAUGGAGGAGCUGACGGAUCCAAGCUACUUGGCGAUCAAGAACGUCGCAAAGAUACCGGAUAUGGUCUCUGUCGUUGAUGGCCGUGGACCGUACUCUUACGACGAUACGAACAAUCUCUUGGACGACCCUGCGGAGUUCUAUAGCUCGUCCUCGGCUCUUGACCUCUGGACGGAAGAGGAGCGCAUUGUCUUCAAGGAGAGAUACGCUGCCCAUCCGAAGCAAUUCGGGCUUAUUGCUCAACAUCUGCCCAAUAAGACUGCCGCCCAGUGUGUCACGUACUACUACCUGCACAAGCCGCACGUCGACUUCCGCAAGGCCAUUGCACAGUAUGGUGCAGGUCGACGCCGGAGGAACGGCAGGGGGGCUAACAAGCAGAAAGGCAACGCACUGCUUGCAGAUAUUCGCCGCCAUGAUGAUGAGGUAUUGGCUGCUCACCCCACCUCUUCGGCUGUACCCAGCAAGCGCAGGAGGGCUGCUAUGCUGCGAUCCAAUGUUGAACCCAGGAGAAAUCAGUCCCGCAGAAGUACCGUCCAGCCCGACCAGACCCCCACUUCUUCUGGGACAACGCCAGAUCCCGAAGCGGAUGAGCAGAAGCGCAGGCGGCGCUCCACUGCAGUCGCGCGUUCGUCGGGUCUUGCUCAAGAAGAAGUUGAACCCACUGAACCAGAUGCCGAGGCUCCACCUCCAAAGCAAACCAGAAGACCCCGGAAGCCAAGAGCACGCGCAGUUCCCACCCCAUCAGAGGGAGCCACCCCCGUUCCAGAACUUCUGGAUUAUUGCAAGUCGUCGUCGAUACCAAUGUCAUGGUCCAAAGAGGACAAAAGUUUGUUCAUUGAGCUUCUAUCUCAACAUGGUGAUAAUGUGCACUGCGUCGCUGCCUCUAUGCCUCACAAGGACCGUGGUGAUCUGGUAGCAGGCUGUGGCGCCGCUUAG